AUGCAUCCCAGCUUCUUCCUCUUGGCCCUCACUAGCCUCGGCAGUGCCUCUCCUACUGGCCUUCUUACCACUUCCCAAGACCUGCAUUCCAGGGAAAUUCAUGCUAAUGAGCUUCACGCUCGUGCCCUAGCCAAUCACCCCAAAGACCUCAUCAUAGACUCGGGGGAUCUCAAUGACUACAUCAAGAAACACCCUAACUCAGAUAGCGUUGUCUAUCUGAAGGACAAACAGUCCUUCGUACCAUUGUCUAGCGUCUCAGUCGUCGAAGACAAAGAAACUAAAGAUGACAAGUCCAAGCGUCAAUAUACAGGCCCUUGCUAUGUCUAUGACCAGUGGCAGGCUCGUGAUUCCCAAUCCUACUGGGGUCCAUGGGAGACAGCUUCCGGGUGUCUCUACACUGGAUUGAGUGAGGGCUCAGGCACCCGAACUAUUAGCUGGUCCAAAUCAGUUUCAGUUGAGGUCUCAGGGGGUUUAGAUUGGAACCCUAUCAAGGAUGUCCUGGGCGUCUCUCUCGGCCUUGCUGUUACAAACACUUGGACUGAUGGUGGCAAGAUUGACUGUAACAUCCCUGCUGGAUCAGUCGGUCAGAUCUGGGCCCAGAAAUAUCUGGGAGAAGCACAUAUGUGGAAGAGAAUGUGCCAGUCGUGCGGAGCGUCUGGUCAGAAGUGUCUUGGGGACUGGGAAGAGGCUGGAUUUGUCAAAGCUCCAACUGAUGGUUCUGAUCCUGGCAAGAACUUGAACACAGGCUGCAGCACUGGCAACGAGAAUGUCAAGUGUUAG